AGUUAAUCUUUCGAUUAUUUUUUAAUAUUUCGUUUAAAAAUUUUUAAUGCCUUUGGUUAAAACAAUCGACACUUUUCUUAACCUUUCUUACUCGCUUCUUCAAGCUUCGCCGGUGACAACUCGGAUUUCAACAAAAUAUCAUGUUGACCAAGAGUCUAGAGGGUUUUUAACAGUAAAAACAUAUGACCCAGUUUCUGGAAUUUGUAUUCGAUUUAGAACGAACCAAGCAGUUGAUGUUAGUCGUCUUUUUUUAGGUAAAUCUAGGCUGGGACAUGUUAUGGCAAAUAUAAAUGUAUCAUUGGAGCAGAUUUUGGAGCAAAUGGCAAAUUUGACAGAACAAAAGGCAAUAGAACCAGGAAAGAAACAUAAGAAAAAGAGCAAGCGACAAAGAUAUGAGAAAUGAAAUGCAGAAGAAAAUUGAUUUUUCUAAAUACAGGAUAAUAAUAUA